AUGAUCCGAUUUCAUUCUUGGGGGCGGGAGUAUGGGGACCACUGGCAAGGUCAGAUUAUCGACCCGAACGAACUCGUCGAUCCACACUCCGACCCUCGAUCAGCCUUUACACCGGUUGUCCUUGACAAGAAUGGGGAGUAUUCUGAACCCCUGACUCGAGGGUUCUUGAAGGAGAGGAUUUGCGCUUGUUGGAACGUGACGAACAUUGGCUUGUUCUUCCAGUUGAUGCAGUGCAACAGAACUGACCACAAGGCUUUUCUGUUUCGCACAUCCUUUACAGGUCUUUCGAUUGAAAACUGUACAAUUCUCUGGCGUGUUGCACAGGUAUUUUCCAUGCAAGAUGCCACUACCAAAGUGGGAAAUGCAUUGAAGAAGGUUUAUGCAAGCUCUUUUAGCAGGAAUCAGGAACAAAGUUGGGUUGAAGACGAAGCAUUCCGCAUUCUGGUCCAAGGCCUUGAUUCCACACAAAAGACCACGACCGCUUUGCCGACUACGUUGCAGACCACUCCAUCGACUACAUUGACACGCCAACUGGACGCCACUAUCGCACAGCACAACGAGAGCGGCAUCGAAUUCGCCGUAGCUGGAAUCCGAGAACCAGCCAAGGGCACUUUGAAGUUUCUUCCCUUGAAGCCUAUUGUUGAUGAUUUUUCGAGCACGGAGGCCAAAGAUCAUUUAGCUCAACUCGUCACUAGAGUAGAGAAAGCGAUUUCUAGACGGGACAAGUUCAUCGUUGAUCAGCUACACACGGAGGACGCCGAAAUAGACAAAGAGCUUUGCAGACUGCGUAGGAAGAAUUGGCAAGACGAAAUGGCGGAAGAAGCCCAUCAUGGGAUUAUGAAGCUCGGAAAUUACCUCGACACCCUCGGUGAUGAUGGCGAAUAUCUGCCACCAAACAGCCGCGCAAGGAAAGCUCUGAACGCGCUCGAGGGGGAAAUCAAGAAACUACGCACCAAACGAACUCUAGAGUAUGAAUCGGAAUUUGCAACCCUCAGAGAAAAGAAAAAAAGGAUGAAGACACAAGUUGCGCUCCUCGAGAAGACAGAACGUACCUUGUCCCCUGAGGAAGUCUCGGCCUGCGUCAAAGUUUAUUAG